AUGGACAGGAGGUCCAGAGGUCCGGAUGAGGCGUGGGAGCGUCGUCGGAUGUUGGUCCGGAAUGCGGGAUAUGACAGAGGUAUAAGCUCUGAUGACGAUGACGAUGACGAUGAAGAACAAGAGGAGGAGGAGGAGGAGGAGAUGAGUUAUCGUCAGUUUGGCUGGGGGGAAGUUGGUGGACAGCACACUGAGCAUCCAGGUAAUGAUUUUUCUGAGGAAGAGCUCCCUUCGCAACCUCAGGUCACUCGUCAUAUUACACCAGAAAUUGAAUUUCAAUAUUCCCACGAUGAAGAUGAUGCGGUUGCACAGGCCAGUGUCUCACAUCCAGUGAAUUCUUUCACGUCAUCCAGUCAGCAGUCCAACAGUUCACAGCCACGGGCACAAAGCGUUCAGAUCAUGACGUCGCAGCCCGAUGACAUAUUGAAAUGCCACCACAAGAAGAAUGGUCAGCCACGCCUUGCUGAUCCAGAAACCCUCAAGUUGUUGGAUCCCAUCGAGUCUGAUGAUGAGCAACCCACCCGGCAGUCUAAAGCUAAAAGAUCAAAGAAACUUGACAGGCCAAAGCCCACUCAACCAGCAUGGUAUGGUCCACAAUGGAAAUGUUUUCUUGAAGAUGCUAAAGGAGAGUGUCGUGUGCAACACGCCCUGGAGAAUCCCUUUCCAGCUUUAGUCUCUGAUUUACCAUCGUCCGUAUGUGAGGUUCUUGUUUCAGUUUUAGUUGCAUGGGACCAGGAUGGUAAACAGUUCGAAGCUGGGAUUCCUACGUUUUGGAUUAGAUGA